AUGGCAACCUACAGCUUUGAAAAUUCAUUGUUUGAUAAGGCAACAAACACUCUUAGCAUUCAUUCCCGACAUAUUGAGGGAAGAAACAAUGAGCGCGUGACCAAAUGGGAAAAUCAGUUGCCCAUUCCAGAAGAUAAGAACUCAUUCCCUUUCACUAAUGAGUUAUCGACAAGUGGCAAGAAAAAACUCAGAGAGCGCGAGGUUCCAGAUGAGAGAGAGGAGGACGGCAUUUCAGAUCAGCAUCGGCAUUUUAAAAGUAAAGGCACUGUAGUUUUCAACUUUGGAGAUAUCAAGAUUUUGACCCGCUAA